AUGGGUGGGUGUUUUGGGUUGAUGGGGGUUGGGGGGGUAGGGGGUGGGUGGAGGUUUGGGUAUGUGGGUUGGUUUUGGGGGUUUUGGGUGGGGGGUUGGAAGUUUGGGGGGGGGGGUGGGGAGUUUUGGUAUGUGUUGUGGGUUGGUUGGGAGUGUUGGGGAGUUGGGGGGUGGGGGGGGGGGGGGGGGGGGUUUAGGUGGUGGGGUGUGGUGGGUUGGGUGUUGGGUAAUGUGGUGUAUGUUUUUGUUGUGGGUGAUGGGUGUUGGUUUGGGUUGGGGGGGGGGGGGGGGUGGUGUGGGGGUGGGGGGGGUGGGGGGGGGUUUGGGGGGUGGGGGGGGGGGUGGGGGGGGGGGUGGGUUGGGGGGGUUGGUGUUAGGUGGGGGGGGGUGGGGGUUGGGGGAGGGUGGGGUUGUGGUUGGGGUGGGUGGGUUUGGGGGGGUGGUGGGGGGGGGUGGGGGGGGGGUGUGUGGGUGGGUUUGUGUGUGUGGGGUGGGUGGGGUGGUGGUGGUGGGUUUUGUGGGGUUUGGUGGUGGUGUGGUUUUGUGGGGGGGGGGGUUGGGGGGGUAGGUUGGGGGGGGGGGGUGGUGGUGUGUUGGUUUGUGGGUGGGGGGGGGGUGGGUGGGGGGAGGGUGUGUGGGGGGGGGUGGGGGUGGUUGUGGGUUUGGGGUGAGGGGGGGGGGGGGAAGGGGUGGUUGUGGGGGGGGGGGGGGUGUGGGGUGUUGGUGGGGGGUUGGGGGGUGGGUGUUUUGGGUAGGUGGGGGGGGUGGUGGGUGUUAUGGGUGGUGGGGUGGGUGGUGGGGGAUGGGAUGGGGUGUUGGGUGGGUGGGGGGUGGGAGUUAUGGGAGGAUGGGUGGGUGGGGGGGGUGGGUAGGAUGGGGAGGAGGGGUGGGUGGGGUGGGUGGGAAGGUGGAGUUGGGUGGGUGGGUGGUGGGAGUAGGGGUAGGAUAGGGGGGGGGUGGGGGGGGGGGAGGGGGGUAGUGGUAUGUAGUGGUGUGUUUUUGGGUUGUUGGGGGGGGGGGGGGGGGGGGGGGGGGGGGGGGGGGGGGGGUGUUGGGUGGUGGGGGGGGGGUGUAGUGUUAUUUGGGAGGUUGUUAAUGGUGGGGGGGGGGGGGGUAUUUUUGGGGGUUUUUGGGUGUAGGGGGGGGGGGGUAUUGGGGUGGGGUGUGGGAUGUUGGUUUUGGGGGGGGGGGGGGGGGUGGUGGGUGUGGGUUGAGGGUUGGGGGUGGGGUUGUGGGGGUUGUGGUGGGGGGGGUUGGGGUUGUGUGGGGGGGGGGGGGGGGUGGGGUGUUUUGUGGGGUUUGUUUGUGUUGUGGGUGGGUGUGUUGGUGGUGGGGGGGGGGGUGUUUGGGUUGGUGGGUGGGGUUGUUUUGUUUGUGUUGUGGUGGUUGUGUGGGGGGGGUGUGUUGGUGGUGGUGGGGGGUUUUUUUUUGUUUUUUUGUGGUUUGGUGGGGUGGGGUGGGGGUUGGGUUGGGGGUUGGGGUGGGGUGGAUGUGGGUGGGGGGUGGGUGGGUGUGGGGGUGGGGGGGGUUGUGGGUUGGGUGGGGGGGGGGGUGGGGGGGGGGGUGGGGGGUGUGGGGGGGUGGGGGUGGUUGGGUUUGGGGGGGGUGGGGGGGGGGGGGGUGGGGGUGGGGGGUUUGGGUGAGGUAGGGGGUUUGUUGGGGGUGUGGGGGUGGGUGUGGUGGGGGGGGUGGGGGGGGGGGUUGUGGGGGGUUGGGGUUGGGGGUGGGUUUGGGGGGUGGUGGUGGUGGGGGGUGGGGGGGGGGGGGGGGGUGGGGUGGGUGUGGUUGGUGUGGGGUGGGGGGGGGGGUGGGGGGGGUGUGGGGGGUUUGUGGGGGGGUGGGUUGUGGGGGUGGUUGUGGGGGGGGUUUUGUGGGGGGGGGGGGGGUGGGGGGGGGGGGGGGGGGGGUGUGGGGUGGUGGUGUGGGGUGGGGGGUGGUGGGGUGGGGGUGGGUGGGGGGGGGGGGGGUGGUGGGUUUGGGGGGUGGUGGGGGGGGGUGGGGGGGGGGGGGGGGGGGGGGGGUGGGGGGUGGGGGGUGGUGGGUUUGGUUUUGGGUUUUGGUUUUGGGGGGAGUGGGUGGGGUGGGGGGGUUUGGGUGUGGGGUGGGGUUGUUUGGGUGGGUUUGUGGUGGGUGGUGGGGGGGGGUUUUUUUUGGGUUUGGGGUUGUGUGGGGGGUUGGGGGUGGGGGGGGGGUGGGUUGGAGUGGGGGUUGGGGGUGGGUGUUUGGUGUGGUUGUUGGGGGGGGGGUGUGGGGGGUGGUGGGGGGGUGGGGUGGGGGGGGGGGUGGGGGGGGGGUGGUGGGGGGGGGUGGUGGGGGGGGGUUGGGGGGAGGGUGGGGGUGUGGGGGGUUGGUUGGGUGUAUUUGGGUUUGUUUGGGUGUUGGGGGUGUUUUGUUGGGGUUGGGUGGUGGGGGGUGGUGUGGUGUGGUGGGGGGGGGGGUUUGUGUGGGGUUGGGUGGGGGGGGGGGUUGGUGUGGGUGUGGUGGGUGUGUGUUUGUGGGGGGGGGUUGGGGGGGGUGGGGGGUUGUGUUGUUUGUUGGGUGGGUGUGUUUUUGGGUGGGGGUGUUUUGGGUUGGGGUUGUUUUUGUUUGUUUGGGGUGUGGUUUGGUGUUUUGUUGUGGUGGUUUUUUUUGGUGGGUUUGUGUGUGGUUGGUGUGUGGGUUGGGUUGUGGUGGGGGGUUGUUUGGGGGGUGGUUGUGUGGGGGGUGUUGUUGUUGGGGGGUUUUGGGGGUGUGUUGUGGUGGUGGUUGUGUGUUGUUUGUGUUGUUGUGUGUGUGUUUGGUUGUUUUGUGUGUUGGUGUUGUUUUUGUGGUGUGGUGGUAUGGGUGGGUUGUUUUUGGUUUGUUGUGAUGGGGGUGUUUGGUGUGGUGUGUUGUGUGGGUGUUUGUGGGUUGGGUUGUUGUGGUUGUGUUGGUUGUGUGGUUUUUUUUGUGUGGGGGGGGGGGGGGUUGGUGGGUGUGUUUGUGGUGGUUGUGUGUUGGGUGGGUGGUGGGGUUGGUUGUUGGGUUGUUUGUUUGUGUGGUUUUGGGUUGGGGUUUGUUUGGGUGUGGGGGGGGGGUGUGGGGUGGUGUGGUGGGUGUGGGGGUGGGGGGGUGGGUUGUUGUGUGGGGUGUUGUGGGUGGGGGGGUGUGGUUGGGUUGGUGGGGGUGGGGGUGUUUUUUUUUUUUUGGUGGGGGUGGGUUUUGGGGUUGUGGGGGGUUUGUGGUGUUGUGUGGGGGGUGGUGGGGGGGUGGGUUUGGGGUGGGGGGUGGUGGUUGGUUUGGUGGGGUUGGGUGGGUGGUGUUGGGGUGUGGGGGUGUGGUUUGUGUGGGUGUGUUUUUGUGUUUUGUUUGUGUUUUUUUUUGGUGUGUUGUGUUGGGGUGGUUGGGUGUGUGUUGUUGUGGUGGGGUGGGUGGGUGUGGGGUGGUGUUUGUGGGGUGUGGUGGGGGGUGGUGGGUGUGGGGGUGGGGGUGGGGGGUUGUGUUGUGUUGGGGGGGGGGGGGGGGUGGGGGGUGGGGGUGGGUGGAGUGGGGGUGUGUGUGUGGGUGGGUGGGUUUGGGGGGUGGUGGGUUGUGGGGUGUUGGUGGGGGUUGGUGGUGGUUGGGGUGUGUGUUGUGGUGGUGUGGUGGGGGGGGGGGGGGGUGGGGUUGGUGGGGGUGGUGGGGGGGGGGUGUGGGUGGGGGGGGGGGGGGUGGUGGGUGGGGGGUGGGUGUGGUUGGGUGUGUUGGGGGGGGGGUGGGGGGGGGGGUGGGGUUGGGUGUGUGUGGUUGGGUUGGGGGGGGGGUUUGGGUGGGUUGUUUGGUGGGGGUGUGUGUGGGGGGGUGGGUGUUUGGUGUGGUGGGUGUUGGUGUGUUUGUGGGUGGUGUGUUGUGUUGGGGGGUGUGUUUUUUGUGGUUUGGUGGUGGGGGGGGUUGGUGGUGUUGGUGGUUGGGUGGGGGGGUGUUGGUGGGUGUGGUGGGGUUUGGGGGAGGGGGGGGGUGUGGGGUGGGGGGGGGGUCUGGGGUUGGGGGUGUGGUGGGAGUUUGUGGUGUGUGGGGUGGUGUUGUGGGGGGUGGUGGGGGGUUGGGGGUGGGUGGGGGGUUGGGGGGGGUGGGGGUGGGUGGGGGGGGGGUGGUGUGUGUGGGUGGGGGGUGGGGGGGGUUUUGUGUGUGUGUGGGGUGUGUGAGGUGGGGGUGGGGUGGUGGGUGGGUGUUGGGGUUGUGGGUUGGGGGUGGGGGGGGGUGAUAGGGAGAUAG